AUGCCGUUGACAGCUCUCGAACGUUUUACCCGUCUUUCGGAUUCGGUUAUAAAAUUUGAGGCUAAUUUUCAUACCAUUCGCGAAGAGGAGCAUCAUGUUUAUUAUUUUGAAGUUUUGAACAGCGAACUGAAGAUGUUAUGGGAGAAAAUGAAAAUUGCCUUUGAUAAGUGUAUUGAUGAUCUUGAAUCAUCAGAAGACGCGGAGCCAGAGGAUAUCCAAGUGGCUGAAAGCAAAUUUAAUAGCACCAUGAACAUUUAUGCGCGUUGUUCAAAGCUUAUAAAACUAAAAAUUGAUGAACUUGAGGCCAGAUCGAGACCUAAAGAGUCUCCUACUAUUAAUAAUGAUACAAACCAUGAUAACGUCAGUCAUAAUUUGCCUCUACCUCCCUGUGACACGGACAUUUUCAGUGGCGAUUACCUAUCUUGGCCCACGUUUAGGGAUCUUUUUACCGCAUUGUAUAUCAAUAACAGUCGCCUUAGUAAUAUAGAGCGGUUAUGUUAUUUGGUAAAAAGGACGGAUAAGGAGGCAAGAGAGAUUGUAUCUAAAUGUCCAUUGACUAACCUAGGUUUUGAUAUCGCUUGGAAAAGCUUGAAGGAUACAUAUGAAAAUCCUCGAAUGUUAGUAAAUAAUCAGUUGAAAGGUUUGUUUGGGUUAGAGACAAUUUCAAAAGAAACUAGCUCGUCUUUGAAAACGUUGCAACGCGGAAUUAAUGGUUUUAUUACUGCCAUGGCAAUUUAUGAAAUUUCCACUCAAAAUUGGGAUCCCAUUCUAGUUUUUAUCUGUAUUCAAAGAUUACCUUCUCAGACCGUGACAUUAUGGGAACAGAGCAUCAAGGACAAAACGGCCUUAUCCUUAUGGAAGGAUUUGGAUAUGUUUUUGUCCGAAAGAAUUCAGACUUUGGAUUGCAUCCGCGAUCUAACGAGUUCCAAUGUUGAUAAAAAAGGUUUUGAACGGAAAGUAAAGGCUCAUGUUUCUAAUACAGGCACUCAGAAUGCGUGUGUAGUUUGUCAUAGACAGGGUCACUUAUUACGUUUUUGCCGUCAAUUCAAAAAAAUGUCUGUUUCUGAGAGGUAUAACGUAGUAAAGAAACAUCAUUGUUGUGUGAACUGUUUUGCACCAAGCCAUGAGGUUAGGGAUUGCAAGAGCGAACAUAGUUGUUCCGUUUGUAGGAAAAGACAUCAUACUUUGCUUCAUCGUGAGAAUCCAGUUGGUAAUUCUGCUUCACCACCUAUAGCUAAUAAUUCUAAAGUUGCAAUAAUUGGCAAUACGCCUGAAUUAAAUUUGCAAGAAGCUUCUACCUCCGCCACUGCUCCAACUAAUUCGAAUCGCCAAGUCUUCCAUAUUUUACAAAAUUCGUCUGUUUUAUUGGGAACAGCUAUGGUUUCGGUUCAUAGUCAUGAUACAACGUAUCCAGCUAGAGCAUUAAUUGAUCCUGCUUCGGAAGCCUCUUUCAUAUCGGAACAUUUGCGAAAUCAACUGCGACUUCCGUCACAUUCUACGAAUGUUACGAUUUCCGGUGUUCAUAAAGACGCUUCUACAACUUCGAGGAAAUGUUGCUCUAUUCGAGUUGGUUCCCCACUAGAUGCAGGUUUUAAUUUGGAAGCUAAUGCUUUUGUAUUACCUUCUAUUUCCGGAAAUUUGCCUUCAUUCAAUUGUCCUUCGGAAAUAAAAGGUGAAUUACCAAAUAUAAGACUGGCAGAUCGUAACUUUUACAAAAGUAGGGCAGUAGAUUUAUUACUUGGCGCUGACCUAUAUCCACGUAUUAUAUUGAAUGAAGUUCGGAAUAAUAUAGUUGGUAGUUUAAUGGCUCAGAAGACUGUGUUUGGUUGGGUUCUGACAGGACCCGUUAACAUUUCGCCAAAAGAUUCUAUCAAUGUAUUCUCCACUACGAUUACCCAUUCAGAGGAGGAUAAUUUAAAUGAGAAUCUCACAAAAUUUUGGGAGUUAGAACAGCCACCAAGACGGAAAGUGCUAUCGCAAUCCGAUAAAAUGUGUGAGGAAAUCUAUAGAAAGACUACCUUUCGUGAUUCAGAGGGAAGAUAUGUAGUAUCAUUACCCUUUAAACCUGAGUUCCCUCAGGAAAUUAAUUUAGGAAUCUCGAGGACAGGAGUGUUGAAACACGAAAACCAGAUGUGA